CUGCCCGACAUUGUCUCCAUCCAGACUCCGCUGGAAAGGAGGUUGAAAUGACGGAUGUAACCAUGGGAGAGAGAACCGGGGACAGUUUAUUUACAUCCAAAGAGGCUGUGUAAGUUAAGAGGGAAGCCGUUGCGUGUGUCUCCCUCUUUACUUUCACCGACCCCCUCCUCCUCCGCUGGCAGAAAUUUAUAAAGAACAAAAAAUCCGACGAGGGAGGGAGGGGGGUUGAUAUACGCCGAGGCUGAAAUCGAGAGGCGAACCCAGGGAAAGAGGAGUAAUUUGUACACGGGACUUUCCCCCUCUUAGUCCCCCAAAAGGAGGGGGAAAAGUCGCAAUAUUGGAAACGAAAAGGAACGAGCUUCUAAGGGCGUGAAAACGUCUGCAAUUGUGGAUACUUUAUAUAUUUUUAUUUCGAAAAAAUAUGGCCGAGAACGUUCUGGACUCUGGCCCGCCUUCAGCCAAGAGGCCUAAACUCUCGUCUCCGGCACUUUCCGCCUCCGCCAGCGAUGGAAAUGAUUUCGGCUCACUGUUUGACUUGGAGCAUGAUCUCCCAGACGAGCUCAUCAGCUCUAAUGAAUCAGGCCUGGUCAAUGGUGGGGACCUCAGCCAGUUGCACACUACUCUGGGAGGGGGACCUGCAGGGCUGGGUCCUGGAGGAGGCAGUGGAGGGCCAGGAGGAAUGGGACUUGGACUUGGUGGAGGCCAGGAUGCGGUGGCCAAGCACAAACAACUGUCCGAGCUUUUGCGUUCAGGGGCACCCACUUCGUCCCAACAAGGGCACCAAGGAGCCAUGGGCAGCCCGGGAGGCCCCAGCGCCAUGGGGCAACACUUGGCGAACAUGAAGGGAUCUCCUGGCCAGGGGCCUCCGCAGAUGAUGGUCCAGGGGCAGCAGCACCUCUCCCCUCAGCAGCAGGCCAACAUGAUGCAGCAGCAACAGAAUGCUGCAGCUGGAAUGAUGGGUGGCAUGAACAGGGCCAUGAUGGGAGCGCAGCAGAAAGGCAAUAACGGACAGCAGCAGCCAGGCAUGAUUGGGAGCCAGGUGAUGAAUGGCUCCCCCAGGAUGGGCUUUGGGAAUCAGGGGAUGGGUGGCAACAGCAACCUGUUGGCUGAGACCCUACAGCAGCAGGGAGCUGGGGGCCAGGCCGGGAUGAGAGGCCAGCAACCGGGAGCAAUGAACAAGAUGGGGAUGAUGGGGAACCCAGGGGGCCCUUUUGGAGGUCCAUAUAUGGGGCAGGGGAAUCAAGGUCUGGGAGGCGCAGGGCUGGGCCCUCAGCUGCAGAACAAAGGUCCUCUGGGCAACAGCCUGGCCCAGUUCAACGUGGACAAGAAGAACCAGCCCAUGCAAGGAAUGGCCGCCAUGGGCUCCCAGCAAUCACAAACAGGUGUGGGCGGUCCCUCUGGUGCACCUGUGGGAGGAGCCCCGGGGAUGCUGCCCAACACUCAGGCAGGUCUGGUUGGUCCCGGCGCCCAGGUCUCGGCAGCAUCCGCUGCUGCCGGAGCACCACCCACGGCUGACCCGGAGAAGCGCAAGCUAAUCCAGCAGCAACUGGUGCUCCUGCUCCAUGCUCACAAGUGCCAGCGGCGGGAGCAGGCCAACGGGGAAGUCCGGCAGUGCAACCUGCCCCACUGCCGCACCAUGAAGAACGUCCUCAACCACAUGACUCACUGCCAGGCCGGCAAGUCCUGUCAGGUUCCUCACUGUGCAUCAUCGAGGCAGAUCAUCUCCCAUUGGAAGAACUGCACGCGACACGACUGUCCUGUCUGCCUGCCACUGAAGAAUGCUGGAGACAAGAGGAACCCGCAGUGUGAGUCUCUACUCAGUGCAGCCGCUGCAGGUCUGGGCAGCUCUCUUGGGGCGGUACCUGGUGGCCAACCAAGUACUCCCAACCUCAACCCGCCGAGCCAGAUCGACCCCAGCUCCAUAGAACGAGCCUACGCAGCCCUGGGCCUCACCUACCAGGGCAACCAGAUCCAGGCCGCGACUGCCCAGCCCAAUAUGUCCAACCAAGGUUUGCAAGGCCCGGCUGGCAUGAGGACUUUGAACCCAAUGGGUACGAAUCCUAUGGGAGUCAAUGGAGGUGUGGGGGGUUCCCCUCAGAGCCAGCAAGCCAGCCUGCUGCAGGAUACCAUGAUGCACCUCAAUGUGAACACCCAAGGUCUGUUGAAUGAUGCCAGUGGGGUGGGGUCCAUGCCCACAGCAGGCCCUCCCUCUUCCUCAGGCAUGAGGAAAAGCUGGCACGAGGACAUCACGCAGGACCUACGAAACCACUUGGUACACAAACUUGUUCAGGCCAUCUUUCCAACUCCAGAUCCCGCUGCCCUCAAGGACCGUCGAAUGGAGAACCUGGUGGCCUACGCCAGAAAGGUUGAGGGAGACAUGUACGAGUCGGCCAACAGUAGAGCUGAGUACUAUCACCUGCUAGCGGAGAAGAUCUAUAAGAUCCAGAAGGAGUUGGAGGAGAAGAGGAGGACCCGGCUCCAGAAGCAGGGUCUGGGCAUCGGUCCUGCCGGUAUGGGCCAGUCCCCCACUGGACUGCCUCCAAACGGUCCCCUCCCUGACCCAUCAAUGGUGCGACCAGCUGGACCAAAUCAGAUGGUCAACAGGAUGCAAGGCCCAGGUAUGAAUCAGUUCAAUCAGAUGGGGAUGCAGUCUAUGGGCCAGAGGUCUACGCCUCCUCUCCCCAUAGGAGCAUCUGGUAACCAGAUGGGAAUGGUCGGACCCAGGAUGGGGCAGUCUAACGUCAACCAGCUGCAGAACCAGUAUCUGUCCCAGGGACAGUUUCCUGGCUCAGGACAAGGAGUUGGGACACCUCAGCCCGGGAUGGCCCAACCUGGAGCACAGACAGGCAUGCCACAGACGCAGAUGGGCACUCCUCCCUCUCUUCCAGUUGCUAGUCCUCUAUCACAGCCAAGUUCAGCCGGUGGACCCAGUGGUGUCUCCGCAAUGGGGCCCAUGGGUCCUCAGAGCGUGGGUGGCGGAGGUCCCAACUCGGCUGCUUCCUCGAUGACUCCACCUAACGCAAGUCAGCAACCCAACUCCAUCCCCCAUUUGGCAGCCAUGCGUGGCUCACCCUCCCCUGCUCACAGUCGAUCUCCCACUCCUCACCAAACGCCCCCCAGACUAGCCGGGUCCCAGACCCCACAGCCGCACACCCCUAAUGCACCACAGCUGGGUCCACCUUCAGCCCCCCAGCAGAACCAGCUCAGCCAGGGACCCGGCUCCAACAAGCCUCUCCAGCAGCAGCACAUGGGUUCUGGUUCGACCACUCCAUCUCACCCUGGGUUGGCCUCCGGUUCAACGCCGCAUGGUGCUCAGCUGCCACGCACUCCGUUGUCCCAAAAGGGUUCAUUUCCAGCGGACAGUCAGGCGCUUACUCCAGCCUCUGUCAGCAGCCUGGAUGCUUCCUCCCAGCAGCCACAGUCGAACGCUUCAACCGCCAACCUCGACUCGAAGAUGGAGAUCAAGCAGCAGGACGAUGAGGACGAGAGCGACACCGGCAGCUGCUCCAAAGGAGGAAAGCUCAGUAACAUCAAGAUGGAGGAAAAGCCUGUGAAGUUAGAGGUGAAAAAGGAGGAGUGCUCCGGAGAGGGAGGUAAAGGGCUUCCCAUGGAAACAUCAACGACGAUGCCGACGGCGAGCGUCAAGAUGGAAGACAGGAAACCGGAGGUAAAGAAGGAGGUGAAGGAGGAAGAGGAGACGUCGGACUCGUCUACAACACAGGCGCCAGUGAAAAAGAAGAUCUUCAAACCAGAGGAGCUUCGUCAGGCCUUGAUGCCCACCCUCGAAUCUCUCUACCGACAAGAUCCAGAGUCUCUGCCCUUCAGAAUGCCCGUAGACCCACAACUGCUGUGCAUACCUGACUACUUUGAUAUUGUGAAGACCCCCAUGGACUUGUCUACUAUCAAACGAAAGCUGGAUACAGGUCAGUACCAGGAGCCCUGGCAGUAUGUGGACGACAUCUGGCUGAUGUUCAACAACGCCUGGCUGUACAACCGCAAAACAUCCAGAGUCUACAAGUACUGCUCCAAGCUGGCCGAGGUGUUCGAGCAGGAGAUCGACCCCGUCAUGCAGAGCCUCGGCUACUGUUGUGGGAGGAAGCUGGAGUUCUCUCCUCAGACACUGUGCUGCUAUGGAAAGCAGCUGUGCACUAUUCCCAGAGAUGCUGCUUACUUCAGCUACCAGAACAGUUCACCAAAAUUUGGGCUUGUUGCUGACAGGUACCACUUCUGCGAAAAGUGUUUCAACGAGAUCCAGGGUGAGACGGUUUCCUUGGGCGACGACCCCACCCAGCAGCAGACGUGUGUGUCUCCCUUUGUGCGAGCCGGGAGAGCAAACAGUUUUCUGACUGACACCAACAAAUACGGAUUGCCGAUGAAUAUUUCGUUAGAUAAAUACACGUUAUCGAUAAACAAGGAACAGUUUGAGAAGAAGAAGAAUGACUCGCUGGACCCUGAAUUGCUUGUUGAAUGUAUGGACUGUGGGCGCAGGAUGCAUCAGAUCUGUGUCUUGCACCAUGAAACAAUCUGGCCAUCGGGAUUUGUAUGUGAUGGCUGCUUAAAGAAGACGAAUAAGACCAGGAAAGAGAACAAGUAUUCUGCCAAAAGGUUGCCCCAGACAAAGUUGGGCAGUUACCUGGAGAUACGGGUGAAUGACUUCCUGAAACGUCAGACCCACACGGGCGCUGGAGAAGUCUUCAUUCGCGUCGUCCACGUCUCUGACAAAGUGGUGGAGGUCAAACCAGGCAUGAAGUCCAGAUUUGUGGACAGCGGAGAGAUGUCGGAGUCCUUUCCAUACAGAACGAAAGCCCUUUUUGCAUUCGAGGACAUUGACGGAGCAGACGUCUGCUUCUUUGGUAUGCACGUCCAAGAGUACGGAUCUGACUGCCCUCAGCCCAACCAGAGGCGAGUAUACAUCUCCUACCUGGACAGUGUACACUUCUUCCGGCCUCGCGGUUUAAGAACGGCAGUCUACCAUGAAGUCCUCAUUGGCUACUUGGAAUAUGUCAGGAAGUUGGGCUACACCACUGGGCACAUCUGGGCCUGCCCACCAAGCGAAGGGGACGACUACAUCUUCCACUGUCACCCUGCAGAUCAGAAGAUCCCAAAGCCCAAACGCCUCCAAGAGUGGUACAAGAAGAUGCUAGACAAGGCUGUGGCAGAGCGGAUAGUGCACGAUUUCAAGGAUGUCUUCAAGCAGGCGACAGAUGAUCGAUUGACCAGUGCCAAGGACCUACCUUACUUUGAGGGAGACUUUUGGCCCAAUGUGUUGGAGGAGAGCAUCAAAGAGCUGGAGCAAGAGGAGGAGGAGAGGAAAAGAGAGGAGAACAGCACGUCCAAUGAGAGUAUUGAUGACACAAAAGGUGACAGUAAAAAUGCAAAGAAGAAGAACAACAAGAAGACGAGUAAGAACAAGAGCAGUCUGAGCCGAGCCAAUAAGAAGAAGCCAGGGAUGCCCAAUGUCUCCAAUGACCUUUCGCAGAAACUCUAUGCCACUAUGGAAAAACACAAAGAGGUGUUCUUCGUGAUCCGGCUGAUCGCAGCACCCAUGGCAAAUGCAUUGCCCCCUAUUUCGGACCCGGAUCCCCUGAUGGCAUGUGACCUCAUGGACGGCCGUGACGCUUUCCUGACAUUGGCCCGGGACAAGCACCUGGAGUUCAGCUCACUGAGGCGGUCCAUGUGGAGCUCCAUGUGCAUGUUGGUGGAGUUGCAUAACCAAAGCCAGGACCGCUUCGUCUACACUUGUAAUGAGUGCAAGCACCACGUGGAGACUCGUUUCCACUGUACCGUCUGUGAGGAUUACGACCUCUGCAUCACGUGUUACAACACUAAGGGCCACGUGCACAAGAUGGAGAAGUUAGGCCUUGGUUUGGAUGAUGAGAGCAGCAACCAGACUGCCGCAACCACCCAGAGCCCCGGAGACUCCCGUCGCCUCAGCAUCCAGCGCUGCAUCCAGUCCCUCGUCCACGCCUGCCAGUGUCGAAACGCAAACUGCUCUCUGCCGUCCUGCCAGAAGAUGAAGCGCGUUGUUCAGCACACCAAAAGCUGCAAGAGGAAAACGAACGGUGGCUGUCCCAUCUGCAAGCAGCUCAUCGCCUUGUGUUGCUACCACGCUAAGCACUGUCAGGAGAACAAGUGCCCGGUUCCGUUCUGCCUGAACAUCAAGCACAAGCUCCGCCAGCAGCAGCUGCAGCACAGACUCCAGCAAGCCCAGAUGCUACGGAGGAGGAUGGCCAGCAUGCAGAGGGUGGGCCAGCCUGCUCCGGGAGGAGCUCCUGGGGGAAAUGGCCUGCCUUCUCCGGGACCCAAUACGGCUCCUGGUACCCCUACGUCUGUGGGCACGCAGCCGCCUACGCCACAAACGCCCACCCAGCUGAACAUGCCUGCCCUUUCUCAGCAGCAAGGAGUUGGGAUGGGUGGGAUGGGAGGAAUGGGAUCACCAGGCCAGCAACAGCAGGUUCAGCAACAAGGUGGUGCCAUGCCCCCUCAACACCAUCUGCAUCAGUUUCAGCAGGUGGGAGGAGCAGGUGGAGGGGGGAUGAUGAACUCUCCUCAGCAGCAGAUGGUGCCUCAGCUCCAGCAGCAGCCUCCCAAUGUCCAGCAGCAGCACCCUGGUAGUUUGCCUCCAUACAACCCCAGACCGCCUGGGGCUUCCCCUCUCCAUCAGUCGCUGGGCAAACCUGGCCUGGGUCCAGCCACCCCACCGCAGCAGCAACAACCCAACCAGGGCCAGGGGCCCAUGCCUGGUCAAGGCCAGCAGCAAGGGCCCCCUCUGGCUGCUGUAGAGACGGCCCUAAAGAUCCAGCGCCUGGCAGAGACCCAAAGACAGAUGGCUCAGGUCCAGGCUCAAGCCCAGAUACGUGGCUUGGGACAGGGGGGCAUGAUACCCCAACAUCCCCACCACCAGAACACCCAGGCCCAGAUGGGCAUGCCCCACAUUGGGGCCCAGGGCAUGUCCCCCCAGGCUCAGGGAGUUGUUGGCAGGACUAUGUUAGACCCACAGCAACAGGGAAUGCUAGCGGGGAUGCAGCAAGGCGGCCCUCAGUCGCAGUUGCCACCUCAAGUCCAGCAGCAGCUCCAGCAAGUCCAGCAGGGAGGUGGUGGACAACUUCAGCAAGCAAACCAGCAGUGGGGUGCUAGCGGUCCAGCCAUGAACCCACAACAAAGACCAGGCAUGAUGGCUCACAUGGCACCACAACAGCAGCCAGGAGUUGCUCAGCAGCAGCAGCAGCAGCAAAUGAAUCAGCAGCAGCCGCAACCAGGAAACCGUGGGAUGAUGCAAGUAAUGGGUGUACCAGGAGGGGCAGCAGGGGCACCGAAUUCAUUAGCAGCUGCAGCUGCGUCAGGAAGUCUUCCCCAGGCAGCACUACAAGACCUCCUGAGAACGCUGCGCUCUCCAAGCUCACCCCUUCAACAGCAGCAAGUCCUCAACAUCCUUCGUUCCAACCCGACCCUCAUGGCUGCUUUUAUCAGGCAGAGAGCAGCCAGGUAUCAAGGUGGUCCGGGUAACCCUGGAGGAGGAGGAGGGCCUCCACAAGGGGGCCCUGGAGGUGUGAGGUUCCAAGGGGCUGCUGGAGCUGGAGUGCUGCCUGGUGUAGGAGGGCCUGGGGUUAACCAACUUGCUAACAUGGAUGGACAACAGCAGGUCAACGUGAGCCAGCCAGGGAUGAACAUUGCUCAAGGUGGAGCAGGGGGAGGGAAUAUGCCCACCAUGGCUCAGCUUCAGCAGUUACAACAACAGCAGCAGCAGCAGCAGCAACAGCAGCAACAACAACAGCGCCCAAUGUUGCCUGGCAAUCUACAACAACAGCAAAUGGCUGCAUUACAGCAGCAGCAGCAGCAACAACAACAACAACAACAACAGCAACAGCAGGGAGCAAUGCAAACAGGGCAACAAGGCAGCAUUACCAAUAUGACUCCGCAGUUCAGAGAGCUGUUGAUGAGAAGACACCUGCAGCAGCAGCAGCAGCAACGACAGCAGCAGCAGCAGCAGCAGCAACAACAACAACAACAACAACAACAACAACAGAUGGGAAACCACGGGCAGUUCCAGCAACCUCAAGGACUCCAACAGCAGCAAGGCCAGCAAGGUUUCAUGCAGCCUGGCCAGGGACAGCCAGGGAUGCCCCCCUCGUCCCAACCCCAGCCUGGGGGUGGAGGCGUGGGGGGUCCCCAGCAGCAGCAGGGAGGACCACAGGCUGGGCCGGGACAGCUAGUCCCGCAGCAAGGCUACUCCAACUCCAUGUCACAAGUAGCUGCAGCGCUCCAUCAAAGGCUCCAGCAUCAGAUGCAGAUGCAGCAGCAGCAGCAGCAGCAGCAGCAGCAACAAAAUUCAAUGGGUGGGCUUCAAGGACAAGACGGAGGGCCCGGUGGAGGCACGGGAAUACCAGGAGGGCCUCCGCUCCAGCCUGGACAAGGCGGACCAGGGCAGGGGCAGCAACAGCAAGGUGGUGGAGGGGGUGGCGGGCCCCCACCGCCACAGACGCCCCAAAGCAUGCUUCACCAGAACAUCCACCAGAGGCUCCUGCAGCAGCAGCAGCAGCAUCUUGGUGGGGGCUCUCCAGCCCAGCACAGCAGUCCCAUGAGUCCCCAGCAGCAGAUGGCGCAGUCCCCCCACCCCCACCACCAAGGACAAGGAGGACUAGGUCCAGCAGGGUCGCUCAGCAGUCAGGUCAGGUCGCCGCAGCCUUCGCCAAGGCCGCAGUCGCAGCCUCCGCACUCCAGCCCGUCCCCACGCAUGCAGCCCUCCUCCCAACCUCAGCCCUCACCUCACCGCAUCUCCCCGCAAACCGGCUCGCCCCACCCGGGCCAUCUAGGCCAACAUCACCCCAGUAUGGCGCCACCCCAGCCCCCACAACCCCAACAGCAAGCAUUGUCUCAGCAGCAGCCGGGUAGUUCGGUAGAUCCCGGUCAGUUCAGCUCGGACCAGAACUCCAUUAUGUCUCAGCUGAGUGGGAUGACGGGGAUGCAUGGCGGGCCGGGAGGUCAGUCGGACAUGUUGGGUGGGAAUAACAACAACAGCAGCAGCAGCAGCAGCAACAACCAGGAGCUUGGAACGAACCCUAACCACAACAGUUUAGACCAUAUGUAGCCUUGACUCCAUACUGUCUCUCUGUCUUGAUGCUCUGAUCAGUUGCCCCCAAAUGACAAACUGCCAUGAAAGGAGAGCGAGGCGGGACUACUGCUUUUGGGGUUUUAGAAGUUUUUAUUUUUUAUUUAAAUAUUUUUGUGAUGUAUAAAUAAGAACUGAAGCUUCCUUCCUAUGGGAGAUGCAACAUAAAUCUUAGAAGUCAAUAAAUGAAUAAAUUAAAACAAUGGUAAGUUAUUGCUGUUAAUAUAUAUCUAUAUAUUUUUGCCAAUUGUGUACAAAAAGGUGGAAGGGCAGUGUUUCAGGUUGAAGAUAUUUCUUCCUUAGUCUAUGACACAAUAUUUUUGGGGACUGAGAAUUUUGCCUUUUUAUGAAUAUUUUUAAGAUUUUAAAUGUGGCUAAAAAUUAAAGUUGACACGAUGUACCUUUUUUAUUGUUUUGUUUUCCUCCUCAAAUACCCAGUCAUAAUUGUAUCUAUAUUGCAGAGAGUAAGUAUAUUUUAUUUCUGAAUUUAUUGUUUUUUUUUCUUCCCUUAAUGGAUCGUCAUACAAGCAUCAACAUAUCUUCUGUUGCAGGAAUCCAUUUUCACAUCGAUGUACAUUUUACAGCGACUGCAACAAUUCAUAUAUAUAGAAUUUAUUUUAUAUGAUGGGUGGGUGGGUGCGUUAAAUGCAGUUUGAUUUUGACAGGUUUCCUAGUUAGUUUUCUUCUUGUUUGUUUGUUUUUCACCAGGUUUCUAGGUUUGAAUUAAACCUCAGUGUUUUUGAGGGAGUGGGACACUGACUGUGGGUUUGGUUCUAUGUUUUCUGCAACAACAAAAAAAAUGGCCAGAUCCGCAGAACAAAUCCUUGCACCCAUGGGCCACCUCUCCACCCUCCAUGUCCUAUGAAUGUGCACCACACCUUCCUUAUCCUGACUCUCCCCCCCCCACCCCCGAUGAACUGUUGAUGUCCACUCUUCUCGCUGUCAAGAGGAAUAUUGUGCCACUGUUGCCGAUAUUCAGAGGUUGCGCGUGUACAUAAUAUUACAGCCUUGUUUAUGAACUGUGACGUGGAGAAGAGGUCGAUAAAGUUGUCUGUGUUUUGGGCUGCAGAGGUUUCAGAAAGAUCCAGCCUGUAUCCCACCCCAAUGGUUUCUCUUUCAGUACUUUUGUUCCUCAUCCUCAUGACUGUCCCGCAACCACAGGAUUUAACUCAAUGUUAGUACUGUACAAAGUAAGAGAUGGUGGACUUAGAUACUGUUUUUGUAAUGAAAGUUAAACAUGUAAAAAAACAAACGACUGUACAUACUUUAAGUACCUUACGAGCAGAUCAAUUAUUUUCUGCUGCUUGUUUCCCCCUCUUGUUUGAUUGGAUAUUUGCUGUAUCUGUUAAAAAAAAAAAAAAAAAAAAGACAAAAAAACAACUACAAAAGUACUCCUGAGCUACUGUACAGUAUUGAGAUUCUUUUCUAAAAGGUACAGUGUAGGGUGUGGUAGGUCACAAGCACCAAUGCGCCUUUUCUGUGUAUUUUUGACAAGGUUUUCGGGAGGGAGGGGUUAUCGCAACAAGUCACACACCUGAACAAUCUGAAAAGUUAAGACGUGAACCUGCACGAUGUUGGGAGACGAGACCAGGUUGAUUUAGAGGUGUGAUCUGAAAGAGUUUAAAUUUGGUCAUUUAGCUUUUUAUGGAGAGGACACAAUAUUCACAUGCUCACUAUUUUUCUCAAAAGGUUGGGCUUGCUGGGUAUGGGGGAGGGGACGCAUCAGAACCAGGUGGCAAUAUAUCUCGAGACUUAUUUUAUAAGAAAAAAACAAGGAAAAACUGUCUUUUAUAUAUAGAUAUAUUAUUUAAUUUUAUUUUUUGGAAAUAAAACUUGAAGCUACAGGAAUUAUUAGAUAAAAACAUGUUUUUGUUUUGUAUUAAAGAUGUUAUGGUGAUGCAAAAAGACACUGCAGACAGUCGUUCAGUUUGCCCUGGGGGAGGCCGGGGAGUAUAUUAUACCAUCCUUUUUCAGAAGUGUUUCAUGUACAUGAAUAUAGUUGUAAACAUACUGAAUCACUGUACAAACUGAUGGCAACUGAACAAAUAGUUUUGUUUUUAAUCAUUUCUUCUCCCAAAAAGAGACUGGAAAUAAGACUAUUUAAAUAUUUGUUUAGUAUUCAAAUGGAAUCUUUGACCACUUUUUCGUUCCUCUUGUUAACAAUUUUUGGUGCUUGCUGAGAGAAAGCAAAAAUAACUAUUGCUCCAUUUUCAUUAGUUUCUUUUUUUUGUUUUUUUUUCUUAAGUUAUUUUGGUGGUCUGAUUGUUUUUUUGCCAAUAAAUUAAUUGUACAAUAAAGUAUGUUUGUACCAUUGGAAAAAUACUCAAUUGUUGCUUUGUUUUUCACUUUUUCGUACGAUAUUUUCUGCAGACGAAUAAAUGAAUAUAUAACACACAUCUGAGCACCGCUUGAUGGAAAUUCAUGGUAUUUGUAAUUUAAGUUUUACAUUUUCUUAUUAUGCAAUUAGUUUGAAUUACAACUGUGUUUACCUCACCCUUCCACUAAUAUCUCCAAAUAUAUUAUAACUCAUUUUUGACACACACGACUGCAUUAGU